AUGGAGGUCGGUCACCGUUUCAGACGGAUGAAGCACAGCCUUCAAACCAAGAAAUUCACCGAUGAGGAACUCAAACAAUUCGAUAAUCUGAUGUUGCGUAAUUCAAAGGUCUCAAACUUCGCGUCAACAUUUCGCAAAGACUUGGCAUCAACUCUCGAAACAGGCUUCAAAGAGGAAAAUGUGGAUAAACGAAAGAAAAAAGUCGAGGAGCUUGCAAUGGCACAAACACUCCGAGAGGCAUCUGUCGAUUUGGGAUACUAUGGAACAAGUUGUCUCCAUGACGUUGUCAAUGAAUACGGCAUUGUUCUGCUUAAUGAAGUCGACGAAAAAGUCAAAUUAGAGAUGGCCAUGGAGCGUCGAGUUUACGAAGAAUUGGCACCAUUUGUGGACUACGAGAAGAAUUUGAACAAAUUGAAAGAUAAAUUAAAUUUAUGCAGCACAGAUCUAGAAAUUGCUCAGAAAGAUACUGAGAAAGAGCAGACUAUGGGUAAACAAGAGAUUUACGAUUCAACUCAAAUGAAAUAUGAAGGAAUGAAAGAUGCACUUGUCACCGACAUUUUUUCUUCAUCCGUUUCCAAGGAGUUGCAAAUGAGCGAACAUGUGUUGACAAGUAUGAUUUUGAAACGUGACUAUUUCAAAACAAUGGCGAAUAUGUAUGACGAGUUGAUCCCAGUGGUUGAAGAGAAGAUUGCAACCGCACUUCCACGUCCGGUGUUCGGCGUAGCUCUUGAGGAGCAUUUGAAGAUUCAACAAGAGAAAAUUUCCGUGGUUCUCACCAAAUGUUGCGAUUUCCUUAAACAACAUGGAAUGAACGAGAGAGGAAUCUUCCGUGUCAGUGGAAAUGCAUCCAAAGUCAAACGUAUCCGCGCUGCUCUUGAUGCUGGACAGUUUGAGAACGACGAGAAACACUAUCACAACGACCCACAUGCCGUCGCGUCAACACUCAAAGCAUAUCUCAGAGAGCUACCGGACCCACUGACGAUGGAGUCGCUCCAGAAUGAUUGGGUUGAAGCUGUCAACCUGGAAGGAGAAGACCGCUUCGCUGCCAUUGACAAUUGUUUGAAGAAGAUGUCUCGUGCACACCGUCAAAAUCUGACAUAUCUCAUGAAGUUCCUCUGCGAGAUUGAAACAAGAAGAGAGGAAACUUCUAUGAACGCUUCCAACCUUGCCAUAGUCUUUGCUCCAACCAUCACUGGUAUGGUAUUUGAUGGAUUGAAUGCUCACGGAGUCAAGCUCACAGAGUUUUUGAUCAGCAACGGUUGUCGUAUCUUCAAUUUUGGUGCAUUGGAUAAGCUUGACACUUCUCCACCUACAUUUACACGUGCCCAGUCAUCAAUCAGUCCUCGUUCAUUCCGCCCAAAAGAGAAGGCUCCACCGCCGCCACCGACUCAGAGCACAUCUCAUCAGAGCACCUCUCAUCAAAGUACCUCACAAGCUGCUUCCACAAGCAGGGAUCUUAUUAAUUUGGCUGACGAAGAUGACUUCUCCGAUGAUCAAGCACCAACUUCAUCCAAUGGAGGUUCUCUUUCGAGAAGUAACACUGAGCAUCGUCCAAAUCGUCCACCACCACCAUCGUUCCGCUCAACAUUUGCGGAGACACCAAAAUCGCGACCAAUCAGCUACAAUAUCGCUGUCGGAGCUCGUCCAACAGAACCACAGACAGCUCCAAGAGCAAUGACUGCCAGUAUGGAGGAUAUAAUUUCCGAUGCACCAGUCGCCCCAGAACGUAAGCGUCUUAGCAUGCUCUCAAUCGGAGGAUCACUUCGUGUCGUGCCAACGACGCAAACAUCUUCACAAGAGUCAUCAUCUGGUUCUUUGGUUAUGGAUGGUGGCGACAAUAGGACACUCGUAUCAAUCAAUGGAGAGCCAUCUACAUCAACUUCAGUGACGACUUUUGUAUCAAACAUGCCGUCUACCUCGGCGUCAACGUCAGCGUCGACUUCUGCUCCAGUUCCAAGCAGUGUCCAACCACCGCCACAAUCCAGCAAACCAAAGCCGCCUGUUCCACUCAAGCCAAAAGACCUCUCUAAUGAGAGCUCUCGUUUGUAA